GUGCGAGCGUAGUCGUGUCCGAGCUGUGAGCCGAAGAGCCGGUGUGGCGCGGACCGUGCGAGCGUGUGACGGUAUCGGUUGUGGCGACUUUGUGAAAUUGUUACUGUAUCUCGUUCUUCUAAUAACUUUUGUGAUUUGAAAAAGAAGAAAGAUACUUUAAGAAGUAUACAUGCAUUUUUGAACUUAUUAAAAUCUUCACAGAUUUUAUUGUUUAUUUGAAAUUGGAAAAGAAACAGCGGUUACGACGGUGGCUAUGAUUCUUACAUGAAGAUGGCCUCGAAGUGGAGAUUUUGUGCGAAUAGUUAUCAUGCAAUUUUUGUUUGUGAAAAAUCGGCAGUUUCUGAGAGAAACCCUAUUACAGACAUUUCUGGACUUUAACCUCUUAAAUUCUUAGGAACAGUAAAGAGUAAAUGAACUGAAGAAGAAACAGACGAAAGCCAAACAUACCAAGAGAGAAAGAAAAGAAAAUACGAAAAGCAGGAGAGGAAACCCAAAGAAAAGAGAGAGAGAAGAGAGCGAAGCACCAACUCCGGAACCCCGAAAUAGGACUCGAAGCCUCACACCUUCUCCUCGCCGAAGCCAAGGAAACGAGCCUCCACCAUGGCGCUGGCACACAUCAUCAACUCCAUCCCCAUCGCGACCGACGUCUUCACCGCGACCCUGUGGUUCUUCCCCGCCCUCCUCGCCGCCAUCGCCUACUACAAGUACGACGAGAUCGACCCGGAGUCUAGGCCUAUCAACAGGGAGAGGCUGUUCAAGGAGUACGACUUUAUCAUAGUCGGCGCCGGAUCUGCAGGAGCCGUAAUCGCCAACAGGUUAUCGGAAAACCCUUAUCACAGCGUCCUCUUGCUUGAAGCCGGAGGAGAUGAGACGGAAAUCAGCGACGUCCCUGCUCUGGCCGGCUACCUGCAGCUCUCCAAGAUGGACUGGCAGUACAAGACGGAGCCGCAGGAUUCAGCUUGCCUCGCCAUGGCCGGGAAGGCAGAUGUUACUAUUUCACAAGAUUUUUUGCCCGCAAUGGUGGUCAGUGAAGUGAGGCAAGGAAGUCAUUGUAGUGAAUCUAGUGAAGUCAAUGAAGUUAGUGAAAUUAUAUUGGUGGAGUUAUCAGGGAUUUAUCCUUUGGCUUCGAAUAUAAGGAUGCUGACGGAAAAGUGGGUCACUAAGACAUCCUUCGGGAAUCUUGACCCAGUGAGGUUCAUGGGCCUAUGCCAGCGCUGGUACAAGUGGGUGAAAGGAGUUGCUGUGAAGUACCACGGCACCGGAGGCUAUCUGACGGUGCAAGAGGCCCCCUGGAGGACGCCCCUCGCCACGGCCUUCGUCGAGGGCGGAGUGGAAAUGGGUUACGAGAAUCGAGAUUACAACGCCGAAUACCAGACAGGAUUCAUGAUCCCUCAAGGAACCAUCAGACGAGGCUCAAGAUGCUCGACCAGCAAGGCCUUCAUCCGACCCGUCAGAUUACGCAAGAACCUCCACGUUGCUAUGUAUUCUUUCGUGACGAAGAUCCUCAUCGACGAAUACACGAAGCGUGCUUACGGCGUCAAGUUCUUGAGGAACGGCAGAGCACACGUCGCCCACGCCCGGAAGGAGAUCAUCCUGUCUGCAGGAGCUAUCAAUUCUCCUCAGCUCCUCAUGCUCUCGGGAAUAGGACCGAAAAAUCACCUCUACUCGCAUGGGAUCCCCGUCAUCCAGGACCUUCCCGUGGGCCACAACCUCCAAGACCACAUCGGCACGGGCGGCCUCGUCUUCCUGAUCGACCAGCAGGUGUCUCUCGUCCAGACCCGCUACGAGAACCUGCCUUCCGUUCUCAAAUACGCCAUGUUCGGUUCCGGUCCCCUCACUGUCCUCGGCGGCGUGGAGGGCAUCGCCUUCGUCAAGACCAAAUUCACGAACUACACCGACGACUGGCCAGACAUCGAGUUCCAUUUCAUCUCGGGUUCUCCAGCAUCCGACGGCGGGAGGCAGAUCAGGAAGGUGCAUGGGCUCUCGGAGAAGGUGUGGCAGCAAAUGUUUAUGCCCAUAUCCUUCCGCGAUAGUUGGUCGGUGUAUCCUAUGCUCCUGCGGCCCAAGUCCCGAGGAUACAUCACCCUCCGAUCGGCCAGUCCUUUCGACAAGCCCUAUAUAACCCACAACUACCUGACUGACCCCCAAGAUGUCAAGGUUAUGAUUGAAGGCAUCAAGAUCGCCCUCGCGCUCGCCGAGACCAAAGCCUUCAAGAAAUUCGGCUCCCGCUUCUACACUCGCCCCAUGCCCGGCUGCGAGUACGCGACGCCCUGGACAGACGAGUACUGGGAGUGCCUGGCCCGCUCUUACACCUCGACCAUCUAUCACCCGGUCGGAACCUGCAAGAUGGGGCCGUACUGGGACCCCGAAGCCGUGGUCGAUCCGGAGCUCAAAGUGUACGGAAUCUCGGGACUACGAGUGGCCGACGCAUCCAUCAUGCCGACGCUGGUAUCCGGAAAUACCAACGCCCCUGUCAUCAUGAUCGGCGAGAUGGUAUCGGACAUGAUCAAAAAAUACUGGGCCGGCAAGAAGAGAUAACAUCGCCCGCCAGCCUUCGUAGCGUCGCCAUGUUUCCCGGAUUCAGUUCGAUCCGUGGAUAUGUUCAAAUCUUGAAAACAAUGUUAUUUCUAAUGCCUGUGUUCGUGAUUUCUUGUUUUUGAUGUUUUGAUUUUUUAAAGAAAGUUCUUGGUUUUGGUACCACAAAGGACGCGCUGUGUGUUAUAUGUCGUGCGACGAUGCCCAAGCCCUCGCGUGAGAAACUGCGAGAACCGUGCGCCUUUGUCCUUGAAAAGAAAGGAGAACAAAGCGAACACACUCUGUACAAAGAAGACGUGAUUGCCAAAAGUGUACUUAUUGCUCAAUGCCCAAAACCUCUCGCAAGACCCCGGGCCGAGUGAGAAUGCGUCGGAGCCUCUGCUUGGAACAGUCAUUGCCUCCGGCUCUGAAAGCAGCCCAAGAGGCCGUCCGAGGAACUGGGACCUUAGGACCAGAUCGAAGGAGAAAAGGGAGGAAGAGGAGUCACUAUGAGUGGCGUGCUAAAGCAUCUCCGACGGCAGGAAAGCGGUCGUGAAUCCGGUCCUCCGUCAGGAGUCAUGCUGAGCAGACAUGACUGACCAUAACUGUGGGAUCAUGAGUGCCUCCUGAAAAUGCUAUGAAGCUCUGCGCCAUGCGAGGCUUCAGGAAUUAGAUGGCGCUUGGAAUUUGUAAAGUCUGGAGCGCAGAGCGAUGUGUCGAGAGCCAAAGGUGUGAUACGCAUUGGUGUUCCGGAGGCAGAUUUGAAUUGCAAAGGGGCCUAAGUGAUGAUCAUGAAAAGAUGUAAAAAAAAAUUAUAGAUGAAAAAACGCAUUCCAGACAAGAAUGGUAUCCAGAGAUCAAUCGAGAUCUAAUACAAGAGACAAGAGGUUCAAAACCUCGCAAAUCUCAAACCCUCCCUCCCACACAACCUCGCUCGAGCGUUCCACGGAAUCAUGCCUGAGCGAAGGAUAACGCAAGGGGGAGAGGUCACUCAUAAAACGAGCAGUCAUUGUAGUACAGAAAUUCCCCCUUAUGCCAUCUUCUCUUCCCGUCUCGUCCGCGUAGAUGGUGAGCUGGAUUUGCCAUCUACGUGAAUCAGUAAUAACCAUUAUUGAUUUUAGAAGUCUCUACCUCCAUAAGAAUCACUUUUGACUGUUGAUUGUUCUGCAGUCGGCUCAUUUGUUGAACUGCAUAGUUUUGUUGAUUAGUAACAUUAAUCUUUUUUGUUGUCGUUUUAUUAAAUGCUUCAUUUUUAUUCGCUUCUUCAUGUCAUUCAGUUGAAAGGUCAUUUUACCAGUCUUCUUUAUUUUGUUUUAUCAUGGGCAUAUGUUUGUAUAUAUCAUUUGUUGUUUUAAUAUAUGUGUGUGUGUGUAAGGUGAUUUUUUUUCAUCUAUCAUUUUCGAAAAGAUAAGUGAAGAAAAAAAAACUAAAAAGAGAGACAUUUUCUUUUUAAUAAUCGGUAAUUUUUCUCGUCCAAAGAUUAUCGUAGGCUUGUUAGACCAAUGUAUUCUUAACGUCGCACGGGAAAGGUGCUAACCAUGCUUCAGUCACUCGUAACGUGCCAUGCCUAGAACUUAAGGUGUCUGAAUGGUCGUAGCAACAGGUGGUUUGCAUCAUCACCUUCCAUGCGCGUGUUUGUCUGUGUGUUCCGGCAGGUGUCCGGACCACAGGGGGGGAGCGGUGGGGUCUACCGUGUACUAAACGUUUUUUUUCUUAUUUCGUUAGAGUUAGUGGUGCUAUUCGUGUUUUACUCAUCUCUCUCUCUCUCUCUCUCUCUCUCUCUCUCUCUCUCUCUCUCUCUCUCUCUCUCUCUCUCUCUCUCUCUCUCUCUCUCUCUCUCUCUCUCUCUCUCCCAUCUCUCUCUCUCUCUCUCUCUCUCUCUCUCUCUCUCUCUCUCUCUCUCUCUCUCUCUCUCUCUCUCUCUCUCUCUCUCUCUCUCUCUCUCUUCCUCCUCCACCUCCUCUUCCUCAGUCUGCCUUCCAGCAUUUUUCCUUAUUAACAAACAAAUCAUCAAUGGCAAAUUACGAGUCAGCGAUGUUCGCAUAACAGGCAGGAACAACAGUCACUCCCCUCCACGUGGCUGCCCGCGCCCUGCCGCCCUUGCCUUCCGAGAGCGCCCAUCACCACAGCACCAGAAAAGGUUUCCCUUCAGGAACUCGAGCGGUAACGUCCAUGACGAAGAAGACAGACUAUUUUCCAUAACGUGUGUGAGAACUGUAAAUUAUUUUCCCGAAUAAAAUGUUAACUUUAAA